GCUCUUGUGGAAUGGAUUGUCGUGUUACUGGUGUUUUGAGUGCAGUGUAGUGAGAGUGUCAAGUGUCAUGUGGCAGGGAUGGGGGCCUCCGCCCCCCAUGCUAUAACGUGGUCGCCCACUGUGUCUUGCGAAGGUGUAGCCGCUACAGACGCGGCUCUACAGUGAAUUGUGGAGUGUGACAUGGCCAUCGCCGUGGGAGGUGAAGAAAGUGUUGGCGAGGGCGGCGUGUGGGCGUCCGGGGCCCGCCCGCAUGAAGACUUGUGUACUAGAACUAGCUGGGCAGACGCCCGCACCGCCCUCGCCCAUAUUAACAAGGGUCGGGCGACCGGCAGCCGGGCGGCACUAUGGGUACGGACCAAGUUACAGUGGCAGCUCAUGCAGCUUGGGGUGUUCGCUCAAAGACACGCCGGCAAGGUGCUCUUCGUGGCCCUCCUCGUCCUCGCCACCUUCUGCGUCGGCCUCAAGAGCGCGACGCUGCUCACCGACGUCCAGAGAUUAUGGGUUGAAGAGGGCGGCCGUUUGGAGAAGGAGUUGGAGUACGUGGAGAAGAGCCUGGGCGAGGGCGCAGGCACUACCAAGCAGAUCCUCAUCCUCACGCCCAAGGACCAGGGCGCCAACAUCCUGCAUCCCCGGGCACUCCUCGCCCACGCGGCCGUGCUCCGUGCGGCGACCUCCGUCAAGAUAGAAAUGUUCGACAUAUCAUGGAGUCUGAAAGACCUCUGCUUCGCCCCGAGUCUACCCGAGGUGGAAGAUUAUAUGAUAGAACAGAUCUUCGAGAAGAUCACCCCCUGCGCUAUCAUCACGCCCCUGGACUGCUUCUGGGAGGGCUCGAAGCUCCUGGGACCUGAGAACCCCGUCAACCUACCACUGCUGGGCCCUGGCAUCAGAUGGACCAACCUCAAUCCGCAGAAGAUCGUCAACAGAAUAAGGGAAAUCGAGAGUUACGAGGGAUACGAACACGGCUUUUCCCUCUCCUACUUCGCGGACUUCAUGAAACGGGCUGGGAUAACAACGGCUUACCAAGAGAAGCCUUGUCUCGACCCGACCGACCCCGAGUGUCCGGAAACUGCCCCCAACAAGCACUCCAAACAGGUGCCUGACGUAGGCGCUGAGCUGACGGGCGGAUGCUACGGGUAUGCCGGGAAGUUCAUGCACUGGCCGGAGGAUCUGAUCGUGGGCGGGACUCAGACCAACAAGACGGGACACAUCGUCAGAGCGGAGGCCCUGCAGAGCAUGGUGCAGCUGAUGGGCUCCAAGAACCUUUACGAGUAUUACGACCAGCACUAUCGCGUCCACCACGUCGACUGGUCACAGGAUAAGGCGAAUCAGCUGCUGGAGGCGUGGCAGCAGAAGUUCACGCAGGCGGUGCUGGCGGAGACGGAGCGCCUUCAGAAUGAAACUCGCCGCUACAGCAUGCUGCCCUUCUCCAGCGCCACCCUCGGCUACCUCCUCAGGGACUUCUCCGAGGUGCCAGCCUUCAGGGUCGCCCUCGGUUACAUAUUCAUGGUGAUAUACGCGUGCUUGUCGCUCGCGAAGUUGUCGGAUUCGGUGAGAUCGGCGGCGGGUCUGGGCCUCGCGGGGGUCCUCCUGGUUGCCAUCACCGUCGCCGCCGGCCUCGGGUUGUGCGCCUUGCUCGGGCUGCCCUUCAACGCCUCCACGACGCAGGUGCUGCCCUUCCUGGCGCUGGGCCUUGGCGUCGACGACAUGUUCCUCAUGGCGCACACCUUCGCCGAGACCGCCGACAACACGCUCAUCCCCUACCAGGACCGCGUUGGCGAGGUGCUCAAGCGUGCCGGCGUAUCGGUGGUGCUGACGUCCGUCUGCAACGCCUGCGCCUUUUUCGCGGGCGCCCUUGUGCCUGUGCCCGCCCUCAGAGCCUUCUGCAUGCAGGCGGCGCUGCUGGUGCUGGUCAACCUGGUGGCUGCCCUCACCGUGUUCCCGGCGGUCAUGAGCCUGGACUUGCGGCGGCGCCACGCCCAGCGCGCGGACCUCCUGUGCUGCCUCCCGGGCUGGAACCGCGACCAGGUCGUGUCCCUGCAGCCGGCGUCGUCCUCCAGCGCCGCGGCGGAGGAAGGGCGCAGCUGGACGCGCCCUCACCGCCCGCCUCCCGUCAACAACGAACUCGCCAAGAAGAACACGGUGACGCGGGCGCUUCCUCCCCCGGGGGGCGGCACCGUCACGCAGGUGGUUAUGCCGCCCGUCGCGCCCAGAGAGUGUUGGGCGAGCACCGCCACGCCCACGGACCCUCACGCCCCCUCCGCCCCCUCCCUCGAAUCCCUGGCCACGACGAAUUCCACGCGCGACCUUGUGAGCGGGGAGAGGCGCUUCUCGGGCGUCUCGCGGGCGUGGACGUCGCUGCUGAACUUCUGGUCUGGCUGGAGCCUGGGCAAGUGUGAGCCGCGUGCAGGACGGCCUGGACCUGACGGACAUCGUCCCCAGCGACACGCCCGAGUACGCCUUCCUGGCCGCCCAGCAGCGCUACUUCGGCUUCUACAACAUGUUCGCCGUGACGCAAGGCAACUUCGAGUACCCGACCAAGCAGCGGCUCCUGCACGACUACUACGAGGCCUUCACGCGCGUCAACCACAUCAUCAAGAACGACGACGGAGGCCUGCCCGAGUUCUGGCUGUCGCUCUUCAGGGACUGGCUCGUCGGACUCCAGCAGGCCUUCGACAGGGACUGGCGGAGCGGCUGCAUCACCCAAGAGCACUGGCACAGGAACGCCUCGGACGACGGGAUACUCGCCUACAAGCUGCUCGUCCAGACCGGUCACGUCGACAACCCCAUCGACCUUUCGCUCGUCUCCCAUACGCGGCUGGUGGACUCGGAGGGCAUCAUCAACCCGAAGGCCUUCUACAACUACCUGACGGCGUGGAAGAGUAACGACGCCCUGGCUUAUGGCGCCUCUCAGGCCGACCUGCGCCCGGAACCCCGCCAUUGGCUCCAUGAUGUUCACGACAUCGAUCUGAAGGUUUUAUCUGGUGCUGGCGCUGCUGGCGGUGCUGACGGCGGUGUUCCUGGUGCUGGCGGUGGUGCUGAUGAACCUGUGGGCAGCGGCGCUGGUGGUGCUGCUCCUGGCCACGCUCGUGCUGCAGCUGUUCGGCGUGCUCGGCAUCUUGGGCGUGAAGCUGUCUGCCGUGCCCGCCGUGCUGCUCAUUGUCAGCGUGGGCGUGGGCGUUGAGUUCUGCGUGCACGUGACGGUGGGAUUCCUGACGGCGGUGGGCGGGCGGGACCGGCGAGUGGUGCUGGCGCUGCACCACAUGGCGUCGCCCGUGCUGCACGGCGCCGCCUCGACGCUGCUUGCGGCGCUCAUGCUGCUCCUCUCCGAGUUCGAGUUCAUCCGGCGAUACUUCUUCUACGUGCUACUGGCGCUGACUGUGCUGGGCGUGAUAGAUGGGCUGCUGUUCCUGCCGGUGCUGCUGUCUCUGGUAGGUCCUCCCGCCGAGGUGGUGCCGCGGAACCACCCUGACCGCCU